AUGCAUACUGGAGUGCUUUACUUGCGCAAGGAUAAUGAAAUUAAACCUGUAUCCUUUUGCUCUCUCUCUAGCGACAAUAGACAUGACGCCAUGGCUGUUUGGGCUCACUUAAAACCCAUAUUUGAGUGGAUAAAAACACAAAAUUUACCUAUUUCCCGAUUACAUAUGUUGAGUGACGGACCUGUUAACCAAUAUAAAAAUAAAUUUAUGUUUGAAAUGGUGCGUCGCCAUUUGUCGCUUAUCUAUCCAGAAAUCGCAUAUUUCUCGUGGCAUUAUUCUGAACCCGGACAUGGUAAAGGAGCGCCUGACGGUGUCGGUGGAACCCUGAAACGGACAGCUGAUAAAGUCGUUGCAGAAGGCCAUGAUAUCGUAGACCUGAAUUCAUUGAAACCUAUUCUUCAAUCCAGGUGUCCUCGUAUUUUACUGUUUGAAGUUACCACAGCAGAUAUUUCACUGAUGGAUGAUCUCAUAAAACAGUCUAGUACUAUUCCUACUUUUCGGGGAACACAAAAAAUACGCCAGUUCGUAUUUUUUAACAACACUUUACAGUGCAGAAGACUUUCUUGCAUAGAUUGUGAAGAAGAUUGUACUCACUAUCAUUUGGGAUAUUUUCAACACCAAAAGAAUCGAUUUACUAAAAAAACUAAUAUAAGAAAAGACUAA